CACAGAGUAGUAGGUACACUUUCCAGUCAUGUCGCACCUUUGUCGUGUAUUUGCAUUUCUGUGCUUGUUUGGCAUCGGGGCCAGUGAGAUACAAAAUAAAGGGUGGUGGAAGAACACAGUGUUUUAUCAAAUUUACCCUUGGAGUUUUAUGGAUUCCGACAACGAUGGUGUUGGGGAUUUAAAUGGAAUAACUAGCAAAUUGGAACAUUUUCGCGAUGCGGGUGUGGGUGCAAUAUGGUUAUCGCCUAUUUACAAGAGUCCAAUGGUAGACUUUGGGUACGACAUUCAGGAUUUCAGGGCAAUUGACGAAAGGUUCGGAACUUUAGAUGAUUUCACGACAUUAACGAAGGCUGCAAAACAGUUAGGAAUUAAGGUUAUUUUGGACUUAGUUCCAAAUCACACGUCUGAUAAACAUGAAUGGUUUCAACAAAGCUUAGCUGGUAACGAAACUUAUAAUGGAUACUAUAUAUGGAAACCUAGUAAACUAGAGGGCGAUCCUCCAAAUAACUGGAUAAGUGUAUUCAGCGGUCCAGCGUGGACUUAUAACGAAGAGAAAAAAUUAUGGUACUUUCAUCAAUUCGAAUAUAGACAGCCAGAUUUAAAUUAUGCUAAUCCAAAAGUUAAGAUGGAAAUGGAAGAGGUGAUUAAAUUCUGGUUAGAUAAAGGAGUGGAUGGUUUCCGAGUGGAUGCUGUACCUCAUCUUUUUGAGGAUGACGGUCUUAAAGACGAACCUCGCUCAAACGUACCUGAUGCAACCGAUCGAGACUAUACUUAUUUAAAUCACAUUUACACUAAAGAUGACCAGCGUACUUACGAUCUGGUCCAAAGCUGGAGGAAAGUGCUGGAUGACUGGGCAGAUGAACAUAACGAAACAGAAAAGGUUAUGAUGACAGAAGCUUACACAGACCUGGACAAUACUGUAAAGUUUUACAAAUACGGUGCUCAUGUGCCGUUUAACUUCAAGUUUAUUACCGAUGUAACAGUAUUUUCAAAACCAACCGAUUUCAAGAAACUAAUAGAAACCUGGAUUAACAACAUGCCUGAGGAUAGCUCUGCUAAUUGGGUGAUGGGAAAUCACGAUCGGCCUCGAACGGAGAGCCGAUAUCCAGGAAGAGGAGACCAGAUGACAAUGCUGGCCAUGAUUCUUCCGGGAGUAGCAGUGACUUACAAUGGUGAAGAAAUUGGAAUGGUGGAUAAAUCUGAUAUAUCCUGGGAAGAUACCCAAGAUCCACAAGGCUGUAACGCUGGCAAGGAUAAAUAUAAAUUAAAUUCUCGUGAUCCCAACAGGACACCUUUUCAAUGGGACAAUUCUCUAAACGCAGGUUUUUCCAAUGGAACACCGUGGCUUCCCGUACAUUAUAAUUACAAUGAAAUAAACCUUAAGAGAGAAAAGGAAACGAAAAAUUCUCAUUAUAAAGUUUAUCAAGCAUUAACAACCUUAAGAAACAAUUCCCAUGCUUUAAGAGACGGCAGUCUGAAUGUCACGAUUUUGAAUGAUACAAUUCUAAUUGUUCGCCGCGAUCACAAAGAUGAGACGAUAUUACUUUUGAUAAACUUUUUGGAUGCACAGGACCAAAUCGUUAAUUUACGAUCUGUAGUAUCAAAUGCUGAUAAAACUGAUAACAUUUUGCUGCUUGCAGGAUCCAACCUACCAAGCAUUGAUUGGGGUGAGCCGGUAGAUUUGUUGAAAGUGAAACUUCCAGCCAAAUCCUCUCUCGUUCUAUCAUCUAAGCCUAAGGUUGAACCUGUGGACGGAGGAGGAGCAUCUGCAAUAUCACCUAUCAAAAUAGUUUUAGCUGUAUGUCUUAUAAUUGUAUUUCACCUUCUGUAAUAGAUCAAUUAAGUAACAAAAUAAAAGAACACUCUUCAUUAUU